AUGGGAAACUGUUCUACAUCACCUUUGGUACAACCAACAUCAAAUGUAAUAGAAUCGAAUGAAGAUCACAACUAUCAGGAUACUCCUACUAUUGCUAAUCUCAUCGAUCAAAUCAACAUUCAUACUGAUGCAUAUCUUGAACGUGCAAAACUCGAGUUUGAAACUAAAUACGCUCAAUCAUUAUGUGAAACUGCUAAAAUAGAAGAUUUUCAAUUGCAAAGAACUAUCGGUACAGGUUCAUUCGCUCGUGUAAUGCUUGUUAAGCAUGAUAAUCAUUUAUUGGCAUUAAAAAUAAUGAAAAAACAAUCGAUCAUUGAAAUGAAUGUAAUCAAACAUAUUCUAUGCGAAAAACGUAUUCUUCAAGCUAUCAAUUGUCCAUUUAUUGUUCAUUUAAUAUAUGCAUUUAAAGAUAAUGCACAUCUUUAUUUAGCACUCGAAUAUGUCAGUGGUGGUGAAAUGUUCGCUAAUCUUCGAAAAGUAGUCAAAUAUUCCGAAGAUCACGCACAAUUUUAUGCUGCUCAGAUUGUACUUGCUUUGGAAUAUUUACAUUAUUUAAAUAUCAUCUUUAGAAAUAUCAAACCUGAAGAUAUUUUAUUUGCAGCUGAUGGCUAUUUGAAAUUAACUGAUUUUGGAUUUGCCAAAGUUACAGAAGAUCAAACAUUCACACUAUGUGGAACUCCUGAAUAUAUGGCACCUGAGAUUAUUGUUGGAAGAGGUCAUAAUAAAAGUGUGGAUUAUUGGGCAUUGGGUAUUUUAAUAUAUGAAAUGACAACAGGUUCAACACCGUUUGCAGCAGAUGAUCCAAUAGAAAAUUAUAAGAAAACACUUAUAGGAAAAUUCGAAAUUCCGGCUCACUUCUCAUUCGAUCUUACGGAUCUCGUGAGUAAACUUCUUGAAGUUCAUCCAACAAAACGUUAUGGUUGUUUAAAAGAUGGCACAAAAGAUAUUAAAAACCAUAACUGGUUCGCAUCAAUCGAUUGGAUUGCCAUUCGUGAAAAACGUCUUCAAGCACCAUUCAUACCACAACCCGGUGUAGAAUACUAUAAAAACUACAAGGAAAUAUCGUCUACAUCUGCGGAAACUAUCAUGUAUUCAACUGAAUUCGAUAGUUUCUAA